UACAGAAGAAGUUUGCGACGUCCGCUGUCGUAAACAACGUCAAGAUGUCUGAACCACCAGCUUAUGGCUUAGCCUAAAACGCUACAGCUUGUUUUUGUUUUUGAUUUACUUUAGCUUGUGUUUAGUUUGGCGACGUGGAGAUUGUGUUAGAUGGAGACCGAAUACUUGCCAUGAAACUCCGGAUGCAGAAUGACAGGAGUGAUACCAGCAGAGCACUGAAACUGAGGGACUCUCCUGCUGUUAUGCAGCCCGAUGCAAGUGAGCGGGGCGCUCAUACAGGAAAUGGUUUAUCCCCAACUCUGCAACCACAACUUCCCAGAACACCGACCCCUGCUGCCGCUGCUGCCAACGAGCCGGAGAGCAACGAGGUGCGGGUAACCAUGACCAGCAAGCCUGGGGAGUCCAGUGGAUGUGCAUCCUCCAGGAGGUCCAGAGUCACCUCCCACAGCCACUCCCACUCUCAGCCACACGGACACCAUCGGGGGCCGCAUCCCGGGGCUGAGCUCGACCCGCCUGACUCCGAUCUGGACUCUGGAGAACCCAGCGGCUCCUUGUCUGAGCUGCGCUGUCUCUUCCGCUGGCUUCAAAAGAGUCUUCCUUUUCUGGUCAUCGUGUGUGCUAAGCUCGUCCUCCAACACGCUCUCGGUCUGGCAGUCGGAGUUGGCCUCUUCACAACUUUUCUAUAUGUGAAUAAAAACAUUCAAACUCAGGUCUUUCUUCAGGACCGCCACUCAAAGCUGCGCUGUGCGUGGCUGCUGCUGUUCCUGGUCUCUUCCAGCCUCCUGCUUUACUACACCUUCCUCGACGAGGCCCUUCACCAUUGCCUCAUCUUCCUCAGCCCAACCAUUGAGCCGCUGGGUUUCUGGGAGGUUCUCUGGGCCGUCGGCAUCACCAACUUCAUAAUAAAGUUUAUCUCUAUGGGGAUCAAGUGCCUUAUCCUGCUGCUGCCAUCCUCACUGGUGACAUACAGGACCCAGGGGCGGUGGGUGAUGCUGAGCGAGGAGCUGGGUCAGGCCCACCAGGCCAUGGCGCCUUUCCCACUUUGGUUCCGCUACCUGGUCACAUACCAGGAGGCCGACGGCACCCCUGGACUCACACUGGGGGUCCUGCUGGCUUUGCUCUAUCUCAUACUGAAGCUGUUAGGAUUUUACGGACAGUGGACGUUGUUUCUGAAAACCAUGAGGAUACUGGUUAAGGGCGAGCAUACAGGCUCCGCAGCCACCAGGGGCCAGUGCAGCGAGGCUGGAGACGUCUGUCCCAUCUGUCAGGGGGAGUACAAAGAGCCUCGGGCCCUGCUCUGCCAGCACAUAUUCUGUGACGAAUGCAUCGCUCUGUGGUUCAACCGGGAGAAGAGCUGCCCUCUCUGCCGCACCGUGAUCACAGAGAAGGUUUACAAAUGGAGGGACGGAGCCACAUCUCCACAUCUGCAGAUUUAUUGAUUGAUACAGGGCUUUUGGGUGCAGGGCAUAUGAGCUGGUAAUUAAUGUGAUUCCAUGUGGCCGUCAAGAACCACUGAGUAAUGUGCUGCAUUUCAUUGAUCAUCUGUGGACGGUGCCCUGCAGGAAGGACACACACAUUGCAGUGGUGUUUCUUUACUACCAGCACAUCCAGACAUUACUUUCCACACAUUUUUGGAUUACUCUCCCCCCCCUUUACUUGACUUUAUUCAUCUUUUUAAUCUUGAUUUAACGUUGACUAAAUGAGGAACAAAUUGUUCUACUUCCAGUUCCCUCUACUUGUAAAUAUGGGAACAUCAAAUUAAAUUUACACUGGGAGAUAAAUAUAUAUAUAUAUAAAAAUUAAAAGGUAUUUUAAACUGAUUUUUCCCAUCACAUUUGACAAAACGUGCAACACAAACCCUUUUAUCCAGUGUUUCUUUGUAAUAAACUGUUCAUGAGUGCUUUCUCAAUUCUGCAUAUGUGAACAGUAAAAGCUUCUAGGAAGCCCACUAAACAGUAAUACAUGUUAUUCAAUAGUCCAGUAGUGACCAGAGCGUUGCCAUGGCAGACUAACGAAUAACUUGGGAUGGACAGUUUGUUAUGCGUUUGGUUACUAUUUCUUUGCAUUUUCUGAUAAAAAGGAUGCAACUGAGCGUGUGAGUAAUUCACGCAAAUUAUUUUUCUAUAGAGGCGUCAGACUUGUUUUUGUAAAAACCAAAAACUGGGGAAAAACUUCUAUUUUUAUUAUGUACAAAAUCCUUUUACGGUUCCUUUUAUCCAUUUAAAUGCAUCUGAAUAAAGAUCUAUCUUUUGAA